ACCACUUUUCCAUCACACACUGUAUUUGAGUUGAGUAUACCUCCAUCCUUACGAAUAGCUAAUUUUCAGUGACAAUGACGCUUAAAGCCAAUUUAAUUGCAGGUGACGCUCCCAAGUAAACGGAAACUCCGUCAUGAACACAGAAGCCCGUCCUGGAUAUAAAGAAUCAUCCACGCAAAUCGUGCCUUGUCCGUGACUAUGCUCCAGAGCGGCACUGCACUCCUUAAUAGUCCUCCAGUCACUCCUUAACAGUCCACAAUGAUGCGACACGCAUUGACUUUACUUCUCCUCUCCACGGCCAUCAAUGGCCAGAUCGCUUCUCCCGACAGUCCUUGCAACCCUGAGUCGCAGGAUGACGGCGACGUUUUGGCCGAGAGAGCCGUCAACCCUAGCAUCAAGCCCCUACCAAGCGUGAAGCCGGCACCAGGCCCGAAGCCGGCCCCGAGCGUCGUGCCUCCCCGAAACCAGACGUCCUCUCACAUCCCCACGACGUUCUCCAAGUCUGUUCGCAUCACCACAUCCUCUCAUUGGAGCAGCUAUGUGCCAUCCUCCUCCCGAAAGCCGACAUGGAGUCAGCCUCCUUCCUCUACCCGGAAGCCCAGUCAACUUCCUUCCUCAACGUGGCAUAGCAGUGCCAUGAAGCCGUCGUCCACUCCGGCUCCGGUCCAUGUGAGUAACGGAGAGACAGUUGCCGCGGCCGUCGGCGCGGUGAUCAUCGGAGGAAUCUUGGGCGGCUUUGUCAUGGCGCCCUCAGGUGCGAUCCUCCCCAUUGCGGCUGGACAAACUGCCGUAUUAUCAGCGGCCGCCGGUUCCGGAGCCGCUGGAUCGAUGCCCGAAUUUGAACUGGAUCCUAUCGACGAUAAGCCUGACCUGCCUGAGUCCGUUCCGGAGGUUAAACCUACCCAGCAGAAGCCGACUGAGAAGCCCACCGAGAACCCUGCGACACCCACGCAGGUCCCGACCCCCUCGCAGUCUUAUGAUCCGGAGACUGCCUCCGAGACCUACGAUCCAUGGACUUCCUCUGCUGUUCCAUGGUCCUCUUCGGCUCCCCCAUCGGAGUUCCCUUCCUCGACCAGCGCGCCCUUCUCCUGGACAUCGUCGGAGCCUGCCUCCUCUCUUGUGACGACCUCCUCUGUGUGGAGCACUACCAUUGCCACGUCUACUUCCUCGGCUGCCCCGACCAGCACGGCUCUCAACUGGAUCGAUCAUGACAAGGUCGCCGCCUUGAACGAGGCCACGUCUCUAGGUUUGGAAGGACAACUUCAGCUCCGUUUCAAUCCCGAGCUCUUCAUUUCCGGAGGUUGUGAUCCCUACCCGGCGGUCGAUGCUUUUGGAAGCCUCGGAGCUGGUUUGAGACCUACUGGUGGAGGACGAAGCGGAUGCGGUAAUGGCGGCACAGGACAGGUCUACGUCCGACGUGGAAGCAGUCAAGGCCGCACCGCCGUCAUGUACUCCUACUACUUCCCCAAGGUCCGCUGGGCCAAGGGAAACAACAAUGGCCACACCCACUACUGGGCCAGCAUCGUCGUCUGGGUCAACCGAUGGGGCUGCGAUGGCGACUCGGAUGUAUCAGCAGUGUUCCCCGUCGGCGUAUCUUUCACCAAGGACCACACGGUAUGGGAUACGGCGAUGACAGGCGACAUCUCCUACUUGCAGUCGACGCACCCCAAGAUGCAGAUUCACGACAACGCCAUGUCACCGUUCACCGGCGCUGAUGGCGAUAAGGUCUUUGAGCGCACACUUAUCGCUUGGGAUGCCCUUCCCGACGCGGCUGAGCGCUCGCUGUCCGUCGUUGAGUACGAGAAGACUCAGGUGCCGUUCAUCGACGCCAACUUCCAGACCAACCUCGAUGCUGCGUAUAAGGAAAGCUUUUACGGCGCCUUGACUGAUCAGCAGGGAUGCGGCGGCACCAACUAGGUGUGGUGAGCUUCGUGUUCGCCAGGAUAAGUACCUGACGGUAGCUGGAUAGAUGAUGCACUCUGGUACAAUAUAAUCACAAAUUCUAGUCGUUUGGUGUUGAAUAUGGCGUGCAUGUCUGAAGACUCGCUUGGGACCUCUACAACGUUGGCGACAUCGAGCACAAUAGUGACGGAUUUAGUAUUAGUUUCACUGAGUCUUGGCCAGAGACAACGCCCAAGACUUUAUUGAAAAUCAACAGGGUAAAGUGGCC